AUGUUGUUUCUCACACUAAUCGCCUUAGCGUCAAGUCAAUACAUUUUUGAAGCCGUCAAUUCGAAGGUCUAUCGUGCCUACAAGUCUGGGGAGUGUUACUAUUACAGCGCCAAAUGUCACAAAUUUGGCAUUUCAAAUUCUGCAGUGACUCUUUCUGAAGGGUCCAGUUGCAAUGAUGAUGACCUCACAGCAGUGACUGUUCCAGCUAACACUUACACUUUUGGAGAUCACAUUCCCGUCUAUGAUUUCAAUGACACUUACUAUGAGAAUUCCGUCUGUGAAAACGUCAUACAAAACAGUCUUCCGGUGACAACUUAUUACAUGGCCGAAUGCGUUCCUUCGACUAACAAAAAAGAUUCCGUGAAGUAUGAAUUAACCAAAAUUGCUGUGACUAAAUACACUUACAUAGGCAAUACUAAGUGUGGUAACACUCCAAAGGAGACCGUUAGUUAUGAAUACAACGCCUGUAUCUCAAUUAAUUCAACUCGUAAUAUCUUAACUAAAGAAGAUGGGUAUGAUAAGAGACAUCCAGAUAAUAACAACGACAGCGCUGUCUCUUUUUCACUUCUCGCACUCUUGUUCCUUGCCUUCACACUUUAA